AUGAAUAAACUAAAAAUUGCAGUUGAAGGAUGUUGUCAUGGAGAAUUAAAUAAGAUUUACCAAUCGAUACCUAAAUCAACUGAUCUACUUUUAAUAUGCGGAGAUUUCCAGGCAUUAAGAAACCAGGCAGAUUUUCAAGCUUUAAAUGUCCCCAAAAAAUAUCAAAAAUUAGGAGAUUUUCAAGACUACUAUAAAGGAACUAAAACAGCACCUGUCUUAACUAUAUUCAUUGGUGGAAAUCAUGAGUCAUCAAGUUAUUUACAAGAAUUGAAAUAUGGAGGUUGGGUGGCUCCUAAUAUCUAUUAUCUAGGUGAAUUUGGAAGUGUUUGGUACAAAGGAUUAUUAAUUAGUGGUUGGAGUGGUAUAUAUAACAAAUAUACAUUUUACAAUAAUAAUGGCAUAGAGAUGGAAAAACUACCGUUUGAUUCAAGUUCAAUACGAAGUGUUUAUCAUCAAAAAUUAACUAAUUUUAUCAAAAUGUAUUUACUAGGUUCUAAGUCUGAUGUAAUACUAAGCCAUGACUGGCCAGUUGGAAUUGAUAAAUUUGGAGAUAAGCGUACUUUACUUAAGCGAAAACCAUUUUUUAAAGAUGACAUUGAAAAAGGGGAACUAGGAAGUCCCUUAAACGAAAUUUUAAUACAUCAUUUGAAACCAAGAUAUUGGUUUAGUGGUCAUUUACAUGUAAAAUUUAGUGCAAAUAUAAAUCAUAAUGAAAAGCAACAUAAAAAACAUCAACAACUCAACAAUCAUGAGAUCAAUUUAGAUUUAGAUUUUGAUGAACCAGAGCCAAAGAAUGAAACAGAGGUAAUGACUAAAAGACCAAAACUUGAUAAAAACUAUGAAACUUCAUUUCUUGCAUUAGACAAAGUCGGAAAUAAAAGAAAAUUUAUUGAACUUAUAGAAAUAGAAACAAGACUACAACAUCCAUCUUCAAAAAAUUCAAAUUUAUACUAUGAUAGAAGAUCAAUUGCAAUAAAUAAGAUAGUUGAAACAAAAUUAAAAAAAUUAAAAUUAGAUCCACAAUCAGUAUUAAAAUCACUAGCUCUGUUAAAUCAAUUUCUUCCAAUAAUAGAAGAAGAGAUCUCCAAAUUGGAUAAAUUAAAUGAUGACGAAUUUAUAGUACCUGAAAAUUUUGAAAUUAUUGCACCUGUCGAAUUUGAUGGGAAAUUGAAAUAUUUCCCUAAUAAUCAAACUAAAGAUUACUGUGAAAAGUUCAACAUACCAAGAUUGAAUUUAGAGAGCAGUGAUGCACCGAAUGAUGAUGUUAGUUAA